CCUAUAGUACGGUGCAGUCCCGCGCGCGCCGGCUCCUUUGCCGCGUCUCUCUACCGGUGUCCGUCCGUGCGGUGUGUGGCGUAUAUUAUUAUCAUCUCAUCGCUGUCCUAUCGUGGACGAUAAUAUUCGACACGAAUGUCGUACCACUCGCAAUAAAUACAGGUACCUCGCACCUGGUCACGUGCUCUGCGGACGAGAAUAUUUGGAUACGCCGAUCGAGGGAUAUUCACUCCAGUCACCUAAUGGCCAACAACCUAAUGGAGAUAACUUGGACACCGUCCAUGAAAAACAAACUAAAAUAAAAAACAUUACUUUUCGUUGAAUGAGCUCGUCAAAGAAAAUUUAUAUCAUCAAUGUCAAUGUCGGGAUGUAUCAGGGUAUCCCGGACGGGAGUCCGAAAUGAUAGCUCUGUGCAGACUCAUCAACAACAGUAUGCUCAGAUAAUUAAGGUGUAUACAGAUUGGGCAAAUCAUUACUUGGAUAAAGCCAAAUCAAAGAAAAACAUUAAAGACUUACAACUAGAUUUGGCUGACGGUGUUCUGCUUACGGAUCUUGUCGAAACAAUUUGCAAUCAUCGGUUGCCGGACGUGAACAGGAAACCAAGGACCCAUUUACAAAUGUUGGGAAAUAUCAAAAGUUGUUUGGACCUUUUGGAGACACUGGGUGUAGCUCUGGAUGGUAUUACAGCCCAUGACGUCAAGGAAGGUAACUUGAAAGCCAUCCUGGGUUUAUUCUUCGCUCUUUCAAAGUACAAACAGAAACAGAAACAACAACAGAAAUCUGAGGGCCCCAAGUCCAGAAUACCUACAGAUAUGAAGCAAUCAAGGCUUCCUGGACCCACCCUACACUCGGGCAGUAUUACGAGUAUACCGACCCCGUUCGCUCAGAGAUUUCAUCAAUUGCAAAAUACACCUGCCGUCAAUAGUCCAUACACUGGAAUCAAGUGCACAUCAAAUAGUAGUUCCAGAUCAACUAGUCCCCACACGUUUAUACCAUCACCAAAAAAUAUCAUUAGGACACCAGUUGCUUCACCUAAAAACACAAAUCAAAAAAAUGGAAUGCUUGUCAAAACUAACAUUGCUAGCCCAUACAGUUCAGCACAAAAAAACAGUGCGUUGUUGGAAAAGUUAAAAGCUUCAAAUCAAAAGGAAAAAUCCAACAAACAAGUAAUCAGUAGUACUAAAAGAACUUCUAGCUCGAGUGGUUUUAGUUCUGCUCGUUCAGAACGUAGUGAUUCAUCAAAUAGUCUUUCAAAUGAACCAAAACCAGUGCUUAGCCUAGAAAAAAAAGAAAAUUCCAUAGAAGUGCCAAAACCAGUAUUAAGAAAAAAAAUUGUACGACCACCUGUACCAUCUGAAUCACGCCUUUCUAAAAUUAGUAUUAAAUCAUCUACACCUCCUAAAUGUGAAAAUCAACAAAGGAAAAGUUUUGAGAUAUUAAAUUCAGAUAAAGAAGACUUAAUUAGUUCAUCCACAAUGGAAUUAUCCCAGAGUCAAUCUAGACUCAGCGGUACUGGAAUUCCAAAACCAGUAGCCACUGUCAAAGGAAUGACAAAACCCACACACUGUGUAGCUCCAAUGCAACAGAUAAAUUCUGAACUUAAAAAAGUUGAUGACCCAUUAGAAAAAAAUAAUGUAAAACCACUUGAUAUAUGUAAUGAACCUAAAAAAUGUGAAAAUACUUCUAGUUUAAUUCUGAAUGAAUUAAAACAUGACAAGCAAAGCUCAUUUACAGAAGAAGACGAUCCAGCAUUAAAUGUAAAACCGAUGGAACCGUUAUUAAGAGGAUACAAAAGAUCAAUUAUUGUACCCCAACACCGGACUAUACCAUCAGAUUUAGGAGUAACUCAAAAUAACUGUAUAAAUGGAAAUUUUCAAGAAAAACGCAUUUCUGCAGAUUCUGAUUAUGGACAACAAUCUUCAGGUUAUGUAUCGGACGGUGAUAUUCUUCAGUAUGAUAUUCAGUCGCGACAAAUUCUAGCUACAGAUCCAGGUUACAUGUCUGAAGGACCAGCAUACAAUGAUUCAAAAUCUUUAAGAUAUCAAAGUUCAAUUAAUAACACCAAACAAACUGUACCAUUAAAUAAUCAUUUAAAACAUGGAGUUAUUUCAAUUGAUGGACUUGAUGCAAAUAUAAAUGAUUCAAAUAAUCAAUUGGCAAUCAAACAACAAAUCAAGCUGAACCGAUUCAAUGUGGGCCCAGACGGGGGCUCAUCAAGUCUUGGCCCUGAUGUUAGUCCUCCAACUAGCCCUCCAGAACCUACACCUGUAGCCCCUGUUUAUAAAGUAGUUACACGUAACCAUGUCAAGAAGUCAGACAGCGGACAGCAAACCGAGUUAAAUAAUUCAAGCUUAAGGCAAUCUUCACAAUGGAAGAAGUAUAUUGAAGCUGGCAAAAAUGCAGAACAAAUUAGAUCAAAUGAUUUUGAAAGAGUACGGGACAAACAAAGUCCAAGACGAACUGAUAAAAAACGAUCAACUGAUGGAUCUCGUGAAGACUUGCAUAGCAUGGACUAUAUGGAAAGAAAGUCCAGGAGUGACAAAACUAAAGCUCGAGGUAGUGUCCCUCAAAGCUUUGGUUAUGUUAAACGAUCCACAUCCAGCUCCAAUGGUAAAGGUGACCCAAGAACAGCCCAAGUUUCAGCUGUUCCUAGGACUAAAGUGAAAGUUUCCGGCGGUACUCAAACUGAUAUGAAGACAUACUCAGUAAGUGGUCCAAGUGCUACUCAACUGUCACAAAGUGUCAGGGAACGACUUAUGGCAAAUCAAUCUGAACAAGAAGCUAAAAUUGGUAGCCCAUAUGGAACAUGGAUGAGACACAGUCCUGUUCCACCCCACUAUACAGCUUCUCUGCCUUCUAGGACUGGUGCUAUAGGAGGUAUGAUUGAAGCUGAAAGCAUUGAAUCACUUCCUGCACAACUACAUCAUAGAGCAAGUUUAACCCAUUCAAGAUUAAUGACUUCUGCAUCUCCAAAUACUAGCCCAUCACCUAACCAGGCAAAUAGAAUAUCAAGGAGCAACAGCAUCAGCUACCUAAGAGAUCGGACAUUUCCAAGAUCAACAAAGUCAGAAAAACUAUAUCCGUCUAUGUUGCAACGUUCAGAUGAUCCAGAUUCAUACUACAGUAUACCUUAUGCAUCUUCUAAUCGGUCUGAACAUCGCACUUAUCCCCAUGCAUCACAACCAACUAGCCCAACACCAGUUAGUCGUUAUAAUUAUCAAUCUCCUCAACCGAACCAUAGAUCAGUGAUUUCAUCACCAUAUGCUGCUUCUAUAAUGAGUAAAAUCAAUACAAAAGAUGAUGAUGCACACGGAUCAGCUUUGAGUCUGAUAUCAACGGGAUCAUCAUCUUUGUAUAGUGGAAUGGGAGCAGAUGAAAAGCAUGCACAAGAAGUCAGGCGUUUGAGAAGAGAUUUAAGUGAAGCACAAGAUAAAGUUCAUACAUUAACGAGUCAAUUAUCAACAAAUGCGCACGUGGUGUCUGCUUUCGAACAGUCUUUAUCGAACAUGACUCAGAGGCUGCAACAGUUGACCGCCACGGCUGAGAAAAAGGAUCACGAGCUGCACGAACUGCGUCAAACGGUCGAGAUGUUGAGAAAACAGGGCGCCACUGAUUCAGGGGCGAUUCAUGCGAAUGGCGGCGGCAGUAACAACCACCAAAGGCGGCACACGAUCAAUUCCGUUGCCGAUUCUAGCACUGGUAAUAACAUUUCACGUCAACUGUCGACAGAUUCGGUUUCGAGUUUGAAUUCCCUAUCGUCGGCGUGCAGCGCGUCCAGUUCGGCACAGCAGUCCGAGGCCGACAAGAAGAAGAAAAGAGGAUGGGUACGACCAAACAUAUCCCUGCGCAGCUCGUUUAGCAAGGCGUUCUCGCGAUCCAAAAAGAAUCGCAGCAACUCGUUGUCAGAUGCCGAAGAAGCUCACAUCGCCCGAAACCAUCAGAGUGCUUUCCUAUCUGACAUGUCUGCACCGUCAUCGCCGAUGCUCAACACUCCACACUCAAACGGAUUGGGAUUUAAGAACAGCCAUUCCUCAACGACGAGUUUGUACGAUUGCGAUCGAGCAGAACACGACUCGAGUCCAGAAAUGGUUGAGCAACUGAGAAAACAGCUCAGAGAAAAAGAUCUCGUUCUUACCGACAUUAGAUUAGAAGCUUUGAGUUCAGCACACCAACUUGAAUCCUUAAAAGACACUGUGAUUAAAAUGAGGGAUGAAAUGUUGAAUUUGAAACAAGAUAAUGAAAGACUACAAAAAAUUGUAACAAAUCAAUCCCUUCAGUCCAGCUGUAGUUCUUUACAGUCUCCACCAAUAUCAAAUCACACUCAAAGUGAUGAAGGGACAGAAGCGUUAUUACCCUCAUUAGAUUCAGACGCCAUGUUGGUCCAACUUAACGUGUUCCUUGGUAGUCAUGGUAGUUACAACAAGUAUAAAGAAAAUAAGACUAAAACAUGCAUAAUAUCUGCAUUACCUAUUUCACCAAAAUCAAAAUGGGAUCUGGUUGACCACCUUGUUGUUAAGGGAUUCAAAGAUUAUGUGGAACGUAUUGAUCCGAUGACCAAAUUGGGACUUAGUGUUGACUCAAUAUGGAGCUAUCAUGUUGAUGAUAUAAUACGAUAUAUAUCAAAUACUAAAGAAUAUAAGUCUCCUGAUAAGUCCCCGUACGAAUGUAUGACUAAUGGUUCAAAUAUUUCUAUUUGUCUCAAAGGUGCAAUGCAUUCUGGAAGUUUAGACGCUUUAGCGUUUGAUACCCUCAUACCAAAAAGUAUUCUCCAAAGAUAUGUUUCUUUAUUAAGUGAACAUCAUAGAAUAAUAUUAUGUGGACCUAGCGGUACUGGCAAGUCUUAUUUAUCGAAUAAACUUUCCGAGUUCCUAGUAAUGAAAAUGGGAAAAGAAUGUAAUUCUUCAACUAUAGUUACUUUCAGCGUUGAUGAGAAAAAUAAUAAAGAUUUGCAACAAUAUUUGUCCAAAAUAUCUGAUCAAGCUGAUAAUGACUCUUCCCAAAUUCCAUGUGUUGUGAUCUUAGACAAUUUACAUAAAGCGUUGUCUUUACCAGAUGUGUUCAAUGGUUUUCAAAGUCCAAAAUGUCCGUAUAUAAUAGGAACUAUUAACCAGUCAACAUGUUCAACAACUAGUCUGCAAUUACAUCACAACUUCAGAUGGGUACUUUGUGCCAACCACAUGGAACCAAUGAAAGGAUUCCUUGGUCGUCAUUUGAGGCGUAAACUUGUAGAACAUGAAUGUCGACUUGGCCAAAGAAAUGCGCAGCUAAAACGUAUUGUAGAAUGGAUCCCUGAAAUUAGAAAUCAUUUGAAUCAGUUGCUCGAGACCCAUAGUUCGUCUGAAGUUACAUUAGGACCUAUUUUGUUUGUUUCGUGUCCAAUGGAUUUAGAAACAUCUCAAACGUGGUUUUCAGAUUUAUGGAACUAUUCUUUGGUUCCAUAUGUAAUGGACAUGAUUCGUGAAGGCAUUCGAUUGUAUGGAAAAAGAGCAGCUUGGAAAGAUCCAGCUUCAUUUGUUAUUCAGUCCUAUCCUUGGUCUAGUGCAGUGCAUAAAACCAUAGAAUCGUUCAUUAGAAUACGACCAGAAGAUGUUGGCUACGAUAUAGAACAGGAUAAUGACCCAUUGUUAAACAUGUUGAUGACUCUUCGAGAAGCAGCAAAUUACUCUAGUCCUCAAAAUGACACUGACAUGAGCUUGCCUAACAGUAAUGGAACUUUGGCAACAUUGUGAAUGUACUCAUAAAAUAUAUUUAUUUGUGAUUUUUAUAAUUUAUUAUAGUUUUUAAGUUGUGUUUACCAAAAUGUAUUACUUUUGGUAAUCGAGUCCUAAUGACGUUAUGUUUACCAAAUAAUAAUAAAUCCAAAUGUCCCAAUAUGUGGCAGUAUAUUG